CAUAUGUAGUCGUCUACUCCGUAUCUUCGAGUUAUUCAGGUGAAGUUCCGCUGACAUGUUUAAAUAUUCCGACAGCACUUGAAGGCGGCGUCAGACUGCACUGCAUACGCGCCGUGGCGGAGAGUGAAGAUGGCGGAGAGUAAUGUCGAACCAGAGCACGAAUGGAGCGACCGGGCCCUGGACACGGUCGAAGACACCCUGGUUGCAAUGGAAACCCUGCUGGCCACACUGAGAGCCUUCGAGGACGUCCUCAGGCAACAAGAAAUAUCCGUAGCAUCCUCCACGGAGUACUGCGACAACUUCUGCCAGGCGCUGAUGCACUAUGCUGGGAGCAGGAACUCUAUGGAUCAUGGUCUGCCUCUUCUGGAGGUGUACUGUCUGUCCAUAAACUGCUUUGCUGCAGCCCGAUCCCACCUCACUGCAGAUUCUGACAGAGUGGCCCUUGUGUUGAAGAGACUAGCUUUGAGCUGUUUUGAACUUUUGCUGUCAGUACCUGAAAACGAAAUCCCAUAUGAAGCCUGGCUUCAAUUCCACCACUCUGUUCAGAUUGCCCAUGAUACCUUGCUACAGUAUGGGAGCACAGACCUCCAAGCUUUACUCCAGAUCACGGGGGAGGGAGGAGCAUGGAGCAACCUGGUCCUCACCUCCCUCCUCACCGGCCAGCCCACCAACAAAGAAGAAGUUGAUGCAUACAUCAGCUUGGAGGGCGAGGGCUUCAUGGAGAUGCGAGUGAAGCACCUGGAAAAGAUGAGCGAACUGGCUAAGGCAGUGGUUUUGGCCAAAGCUUGCACUGAAUGCAGCUUCAUCUCCAACCAAGCUACCUUUCGUCAAGUAUAUGUCACCCUGCUUUGUCACCUGCUGCCUAAUGAAGAAGCCAUCAUGGAGAUAUCCAGACUUGACUGUAAGGAUGUGCUGGAGAUAACAUGUAACAUGGAGACAGAGGGCGAGGAGAAUACAGGCUUCAUCCUGUGCACAACGUUCCUGACACAGCAGCUUCAGCAGCAGAACCUUUACUGCUCUUGGGAGUUAACUCUCCUGUGGAGUAAACUUCAGAGGAGGAUCGGCCCCUCGUUGACGUCUCUCCUUGAACGAUGCCUUCAGUUGGGUGCCAUUGCCAAAACGGUCCACCAUUUGCUUUGCCUGGUCCGUGUUAUUCAGACAGAGGCGGAGGCAAUGGGGAUAGCUGCAUCAGUGGAACUUUGUGUCAAGGCCCUCCAACUUCCAAAGCAGGAUGACUCAGAUACAAGGAUCUCUGUCUGUAAGACUGUAUCCUGCCUACUUCAAGAUGACCUUGAAGUUUUGCGUGCCUGCCGACUCACAGAAUUCCUGCUUGGCCCCAGCCAGGAGAGCUUUAGUUGCCUUGAGGAGCUCUACUUGCGCCCAGACCAAAAGUAUGAUGAGGAAAAUGAAGUUAUUCCCAACUCACUACGCUGCGAGUUGCUCCUAGCACUGAAAGCAUAUUGGCCUUUUGACCCCGAAUUCUGGGACUGGAAAACUCUCAAGAAUCAAUGCAUAGCCCUUCUAGGGUUAACGCCAGAGUCAGAAGGGGAAGAAGAGGAGUUGUUAGUCAAACGAGAAAGCGAAAAGGAAUAUGAGACACAGGGAAACGCAGUGAAAGUAGAAUCUGAGCAUCAACAGAGUUUAAAUGGAAAUCUUGAUGAUGAUGAGCAGCAUGAUGAGAAGACGACUUCUGACUCAUCAGAAGUUCAAGGAGAAUCAGAGACCAAGAAACACAAGUUCUGCUGUUUGAUUUGUAAGAAGUCAGUCGCUGACACCCAAAUCAUUCACCACUCCAAAAGACACGCAGAGGACAAAAGCAACCCCUGCCCCGUUUGCUUGGAGAAGUUCAAGAGCAGAAAGGAGCUCGUUCCUCACAUGAAACAACAUAUUCAGAGUGAAACACAGCUGAGCAAUAACAACAUAAAGAAAGAAGAUCUGCAGAAACAGAUGGAUGAGGAUAAUGACGUUGAACCAGGUGAGAUCACCAUCGACCCCUCCUUAAUGCUAUAUUACAAAUCCACACACGAUCCAGAUGUGCUGGACCACAUUGUGCAGCAAGCAAAAACUGUGAAAGAGAAGCAUGUGGAGGAUGACGAGCAUGUAACAUUCGAUUACAUUGAGCAACACUUUAACCUGCAGAACAGGGAUGAGUAUCCCUGUCCAGGAACUGGAUGUACCAGGACUUUUAAACAUUCCAAGUACCUGUAUGUUCACUUAAAGUCAGAGCAUAAAGCUGAUGAGAAUGUGAAAUAUUUUCAUCAAAUGAGAGACAAGCGGGAGAAGUGUGUCUUUUGUAGACGCCAUUUUGUCUCAGCUUACCAUCACCGCAAACACAGAAGAGUUCACUAUGGUGAUCACCCAUACACGUGUGUGGUCAUUGGUUGUGGCGCCAAGUUUAGUACUUCCAAUGAACUUGUUACGCAUAAGCAAACCCAUGGCUUUCAGCUGAACUACCAGUGUGAGCUUACAGGCUGUUGCGUCACUUACUCCGACUUGGGACAAAUCUAUCACCAUGAGGCACAGCAUUUCAGAGAUUCUGCAUUUACCUGCUCUAGUCCUGAAUGUACAAAAUACUAUUUAUCCAAAAAAGAAUUUUUAGAGCACCUAUCCACACACAAUAUUACCUUCUCUGAAGAUGAUUUUGAGGCCCAGAGGAAGGCAAAGCGGAAACUUUUUAAGACUGUUUCUGAAGCCCACCUUAAUAAGUCAAGUGAUUCAGAAGAGAUUAUAAAUGGUAAUGUCUUAAACUCUUCCUCUGUAAGUUGUGCCUCCUCUUUGCAAGAAUCUGACAACAAAGAGCCGAAAGGAACAAUGACCCUGGUGGCUGUGUGUUUUGAUGGAAGUAAGUUCACCUGUGGUUUUGAGAAGUGUGGCAUGACUUUCUCUAGAGCCAGAGACGUCCAAAGACACCUGAAAUGUGCCCAUCCAGAACACCUGAAACUGGAGAACAAAGAACACAAACACGACAAGGAACGAGGCUCAAAGUCCAAAGGCAUAAAGACUGAAAUUGAACCAGAGAGUGAGGAAAAAGGACAAAAUGAGCCCUCAACUCCACUUCAACCUGUUGAGGCUGGGAAAGAAAGAAAAGCAGCCACUCAUCCCAAAAACAAUGAAACAAACUCUUCAAGCCUUGCAAAAAAUGACGCCCUGAAAGAAAUUCUUAUUGGUAUCAGUAAACUGGACCUGAAUUCCUCAUCCCCUCAUAGUGUGCCAAAUGAGCCCCCUCAGGCAGAAUCAAAUGCAUCACAAAUGUCCCUUCAUCAGGCAAUCACAGCAAACACACCUGUUGUAUUGCUUCCAAAAAGACCUCCGGUUCUGCCCGACGAAAAGAUAGAAGUCAAAACUGAACAAGUAUCCACAGAUGAUGAAAAAGAAGACAAUGUUGAAUCAUUAGCCACAGCUAAGCCGUAUACCUGUGAGGUCAAAGGUUGUAGCUUUAGGACUGCACAGAGUUACAGCUUACUCCGCCACUAUAACACCAAACAUGGCCGUACGGUCGAACAGGCCAAAAGGUUGACUUCUUUGAAAAACACAUCUUUUAAGCCGUAUGUGUGCCAGCUUUGUUCCAAGAGUCACAGAGAAAAACACGUAUUGAAGGCUCACUAUAUCCAGGCACAUAAUCUGAGUGAGACUUUGGUGAACAAAAUAAGCUAUGCAUCUGUACGGUAUGAGGGAAACAAAGGCACCAACUCUGCAAAGCAUACAUCUCAGCACUUGGCAAACCACGCUCUAAAAGUGAGGAAGAUUGAUAUCUCCAGAUUGCAUCGCCAACAAGAGAGAAAAAAAGUAACCCCAGUAAGUGAAAAUGGACAAAACUCUGGCAAUCAGUCUCCAUCUGAAGAGGAAGGAGAGGACGAAGCAGAGCGCAGAAAGGAAGGCAAUAAGCAGAAGGGAGAAAGCAAGGUUGGGACCACACAACGGGUCAGAACUACGAGACGCUUGGUGGCCAAAAGUAAUCUCUGCUAUAUUUUGGAUAAAUUCAGUAAACCCUUUCAUUGUGUAGCAAAAAACUGUGAUUCAGCUUUUUCCACCCAGGGAGGCCUUGUACGCCACCUGCAGUUAAUACAUCAUUACAAUCGCUCUCAGCUUUUGUUGGAAAAAGAUUUUGAUGUGCAUCACAGUCCAGAAGCCAAGAAGGAGCCUGCCAAGAAAAGGCCUCUCUCAAACUCGGAUGAACCUCAACCCCAAUACAAAUGUCACUUUGCCAACUGUGUCUCCUCAUACCACCUUAAAAGCAGCCUGGUACGACACACUCGUGACUGUCACUCUCAACCAGCACCCCAAUACAAAUGUCACUUUGCCAACUGUGCUGCCUCCUACCACCUUAAAAGCAGCCUGGUACGUCACACUCGUGACUCUCAUGCUCAACCACCAGAGCUAAUAAGAUGCAAGUAUGAGGGUUGUACAAGAGUGUUCAGCCAUGAUGAUGCACUUAAGAAACAUACACUUUAUAGUCACUGUGAGUACUACGAUUCACUGGUAGUACGUCUGCAGAGCACUCACAAAAAGUCAAUUACUGGAUGUCAAAAGAAGCUUAUAGUCACUCCACAGAGCCCUCAGAAAGAAGAACCUGUUUCACCAGACACACAGGCUGUGAUAUCUAGUCCCAAGCCUGAGGUGACCGCCCAAUCAGAGGAAGUGGGUGAGCAGGGUAGCGAGGAGGAAAAGAAGGUGACAAGAGUCAGGAAGGAGAGAAGAUAUUCUUUCAACCGCUUUGUCUUCAGAUCUCAUGAGGAAGCUUUACAAAUGUGCCAAGACCGUUGUCUGCGUGUGGCCUACCCGUGCUUGGUUCAGAACUGUGAUUCGGUUGUCACAUACAUACGGAGCUUGCACCGUCACUACCUGAAGGUUCACCGUAUGCGUCGAGACGAUAUUUUGAAGAAUGAAGAUAAGCUUUUAUUGAAUGCUGAGCAGCUGGAAGAACUGAUUCAGAGGACGUCAGCCAGGCCAACUGUUACAGGAGUUAGUAGCCCAAAUGGGGUUCGCAAAAUGGAGUAUCAAGCUGAGCCAGAAAACAAAGGGGGGCAGCCUGCACCCAUGAGCCUGCACUCCAUCAAGGCAGACACACAAGAUGAGGAUCAUCAUGAUCCAUUGGGAUUCCCUGACGAGGAGGAUGAGGAAGAGAAGGAGCCACCUCCUGUUGAGAGAAAUGGUGUCCUUGUUGGUGCAGAUGAUGUUCUGUAUGGUGAACCGAGCACCGGUGGGCACGCCGAAGACUCAGCUGCAGCAACACAGAACAGUCACAAACCGGAGGAGAAACUCAGCUUGGAUAAAAUCAAACCUCUCCUUCGUACCGUCACUGUUGACCUCUCACCACCUUGCUUAUUGCGAUUUACUCCUGAGGAGGGCUUUCAAGAAGCAUCAAGCAUCAAAGAUGGUAAAAUGUUGAACAGGUCCGCUCUGAUGCCCACUCCCCCUGUUCGGCAGCCGCUAAAACGGAAAAAUGAACUAUCUGAACAGCCAUCAAACUUGAAAGACACUCAGUCUUGUAGCCCUUCUCCAUGCCCUUUUGACAUUGGCACAUAUAAGCCCAUGGGCUUUGAGUCCUCAUUCCUGAAAUUCAUACAAGAAAGCACACCUAAAGACAAAAGUGCAGCAUUGGCGAAACGACGAGACUCAUUCAGACGCAGUUGUUCUGUCAAAGAGAACAACCAGCUGGGAAUCUCUCACACCCGCAGCAGACGCACUCAUUCCCCACUGCUGAAGCCCCAUUCUAUGACUAGGGACUUCACCUCAGUCCAAAACUUGAAGUCCAUCCUGGACAAAGCCCUGGCUGGGUGUGGGGACCUGGCCAUUAAGCAGCUUCAGUACCUCAGACCUGUGGUGGUCCUGGGGAGACCUGUGUGCACUACCCUGCCCGACCUCUUCCCAUCAGACACCAACAACAGCAAACUGCUUCUUGGAAGUUAAGUUUAACAGAGUACCUUUUUAACAUGGCUAUGGCUAAUUAUUUUGUAAUUUCACAAGCUGUGUACCAGUAUUUUCAUUCACCCGAAAUGAUAGUAUUAUGUUUUUCUUGUUUGUUUUUUUUAAGUUGCCAAACUGAAGACUUAUAGAAAUUAGCAUUAAGAUAAAAACAAGCUUAAACAGUGCACAUCAGAUCACGACUCUUUUUAGACAUGUUGCAAAAACAUUUUAGAUAAUGCAUAAUAUGUUAACUCAUAAGUGUAUAUACUGUAGUUCUCUGAUAUAUAUGUACAGAUUUUCAGAUUGUUAGAAGUGGUCAGUAGCGCAUUGCAAGUCCAUUUCUCUUGUGUGAAAAUGUGACUGAAAAGCAUUUCCUUAAGGAAUAUGUGUGGAUAUUUUUCACCUCAGUUUAUAUUACAUCAGUGUUGGGAUGCAGUGGACAGAGGUUGGCAGACAUGUAUGUAACACUUUCUAAUAAAAUAAAUGUGGAA